UGUAAAUGAUAUGUUUAUCUAAUUAGAAAUAACAGGUAAAAUUGCUUUUACAGACUGUUACAGAUUGGGUUUACAAGUAAAAAUACUACAAAAAAUCACAUUAUUAUAAAAACUGCAACUGUUUGGAAAAGAUUUGCCAACACCUUAAAUAGAAUUCUCUGAAGUGUAUUUCAUGUUGUAAGAAGUUGUGUUUAUCGCCACGUAUAUUUGAAGAUGAGUGAGGAAAAGAAAGUUGUAUUGGUUACCGGGGGCUCCGGUCUGGUCGGGCAAGCAAUAAAAGAAGUGAUCGAAAAAGAACGUCAAGAUGAUCCACAUUCUGACGGUGAGAGCUGGAUAUUUUGUGGGUCCAAAGAUGCAGAUCUAAGAGACAAAGCACAAACAGAGGCAUUGUUUGACAAACAUAAGCCAACUCAUGUUAUCCACUUAGCUGCGAUGGUGGGGGGAUUGUUCCACAACAUGGCACAUAACUUGGAUUUUUUUAGGGAGAAUAUGGCAAUAAAUGAUAACGUCCUUUACGCCAGUUACAAAUACAAUGUGAAAAAAGUUGUCUCCUGUCUGUCUACGUGCAUCUUUCCUGACAAAACAACAUAUCCCAUUGAUGAGACUAUGGUUCACAACGGACCACCUCAUCCUUCUAACUUUGGUUAUAGUUAUGCAAAGAGAAUGAUUGACAUUUUAAACAGAGGUUACCACGAGCAGCACGGCUGCAUGUUCACGUCGGUGGUGCCCUGCAAUGUGUUCGGACCUCACGACAACUUCUCUCUCACAGCCAGUCAUGUCAUCCCCGCGCUGAUACGUCGCAUGCACGACGCCAUGAUCAACGACGAGGCGAGGUUCACAGUGCUGGGCAGUGGGCGGCCGCUGCGACAGUUCAUAUACUCUGUGGACUUGGCGCGCCUGUUUGUGUGGGCGCUGCGCCAUUACAACAACGUCGAACCACUCAUACUGUCAGUGGAUGAAGAAGAGGAAGUGACGAUCGCUGAAGUGGCUGAAGCUAUAAAGAAGGCUCACGGCUACGAGGGUGAGAUAGUAUUCGACAGCAGUAAGGCUGACGGCCAGCACAAGAAGACCGCCUCCAACAACAAACUGCGGACUCUGUACAAGGACUUUCAGUUCACGCCAUUCCACACAGCAAUACAAUAUACCGUCGAUUGGUUCAAACACAAUCGCGAACACGCUAGAUUAUAAAUUUCUAACAAAUUAUUUGUU